CUAGCCAGCAGCCAGAGUCGCGACGCGUCAGUUUAUAGUAGUUGAUAGCCGAUCUCCGAUUCGUGUGUUGUGUGAAUAAAGUGAAAUAAAGUAUUUUCGACGUAAAAUUGUCGUCGGGUUUCCGCACCGAGGCUCGUUAUAAUAUCGUGGUUUCCGUGGAAUAAGUUUGUAAUCAUGAAAAGUGUGAGAUUGUGCGAGAUUGGCUAGCAUCGGAGGAAGGAGGAAGCAGUCGAAAACGAGCUCGACAACGAGGAUGGCGUACAAGAACGAUCGCUGUUUCUGAGCAUCGGGAGCGUCAAGAAAAAUAAUAAUAAUAAUAAUAAUCCAACAUGUCGUUGAAGAGGCUUCGAACGAGAUCUAUUCGGUCGAUUUCAAACGUUCAAUUUCGUCGCUGGAGAUUGUUAUAAAUCAAAUAACCAAUCUACUUGUAAUAAAAGAAGAAAGCAAGGCAACUUUUGUGCAUUCGAAAAGGGAAAAAGACGGAAAGGGAAGUUGGAACUGCCUUAUUAUCAAAACAGAAACACGCCAAGAGAUACCUAUAUAUACAUACCCCUCACACACACGUGUGUGUAUAUAUAUAUAUAUAUUUUUUUUUCUUUUUCUAUUAAAUAUAAGACGAGUUAGUGGGGACGAUCGUUCUCUGUGAGAAUAAAAAUUUCGAAUCGAAAUAUUUUCGCGUUGAUGCUUGUAUUUAGUGGAAAAUCAUCGUCGCGAGUCCACUGGCUCGAUUCUGAUUAAAAGAGAAUUGUGUGUGUGUGUGUGUAUAUAUAUUGGCUCCGCUCUGAGAUAUGGCCUUCAUGAUGAAGAAGAAGAAGUAUAAAUUCUCGGUUGAGGUGGACCUGGAAGAGUUGACCGCGGUACCGUUCGUGAACGCAGUACUGUUCGCCAAACUUCGACUUUUAGACGGUGGUUCUUUCGUCGAUCAUUCGACAAGGGAGGAAGUCCAGGAGCACACAGUCAGGUGGAACGCUAAAUUUGAGUUUUUAUGCAAAAUGAGUGCCAACGCGUCCACCGGUGUCCUCGAUCCUUGCAUUUUGAGGAUAUCCGUCAGAAAGGAAUUAAAGGGAGGCAGGUCCUUUCAGAAGCUCGGCUUCACCGACCUGAACCUCGCCGAAUUCGCAGGAGCUGGUCUCUGCAGAACGAGGUGCCUUCUGGAAGGUUACGACGCGAGGCAUCGGCAAGACAACUCCAUGUUGCGAGUUGCCAUUAAAAUGAACAUGCUCUCCGGAGAUAUUCUAUUCAAAGUACCUUCUCCGUCGUUGAAGCAAACUCAACUCGCUGUACCUGGUGUCCCAGGUGUUUCCGGUGUAACUGCGGACGAGGCAAGUGCAUCCGAAAGAUGUACCAAUCGUGAAGACUAUGUUUCUAGUGGUUCGUUAGCCGGAAGUGUAGCAAGUGCCAGCAGCGGUUUCGGCAGUCUUCCUAAAAAGAGGCCUGCCCUCUUUUCCUCGGAGCUCCUUAGCGGGGCAGAGUCGUACGAUCCGAUAACCGUCAGUGAAAUCGUACCAUCGGCUCUUCCAGUGGAAACUUUAGCUGAAGCGCACACAGAAUCGGGCCAUUCCCGUAAUAGCAGUAACACCAGCCAGCUGAGCAAAGGCUCAGGCUACGGAUCUUUGAAUUCGCACAGUCAACACAGUAGACAGAGCAGUAGUGGUGAUAGUGGCCACAUUAGGUCACCCUCCUGGCCGGUAUGGGCUCCACGUAUCCCACAUGUCUCCCAAAACCCUUCGAGCCAACUACCCACCAGACCCGAGUCGUCUCUCGACUCGGAUUCUCAAUCCUCGUCUUCCUUGAUGCUAUUGGACCCACGAAAUCGGUUCUGGUCGAUAUCCAGUCCUCUUUCUUCUCGCGAUGGAAAGGUGAACAGACAGCAGGGUAGCAGCAGGACGAGUGUCACGGCAGUUUCUGCGAACGAACGAAACCAGACUGGUAGAUUGAUAAAAAACGGUGUAGCAACGAUUUCGAACGAAAGCAACAACAAGGAGCAACAGAUUGGCGUGUUCAGGGUGCCUAGAUCGCAAAACGUGCCACGACACUCGCGAAAGAAUUACGAAGGGAAUAGCUUUGAUUUGCGAAAUAAUUAUAAUGCCUCGAAUACGUCGAUGGCGAAAGAUCGAAGCGAACAAGAGAAUAGCAGCAGCAGUAGCAGCAGCAGCAGCAGCAGCAGCAGCAGCAGCAGCAGCAGCAGCAACAACAACAGCAACAGCAACAGCAACAACAGCCGCAGCCGCAGCCGCAGCAGUAGCAGCAGCAGCAACUCGGUUGUACCGGUCGCAAAACCAAGAAUCGGUCAACCAGGUUGGAGAAGCAUAUCGAAAACCUGUGAUUGUAUCGAGAAGGGUAAAACAAGCCCUGUUUUGCGAUUGGCUGACCAAGCCAGAGCCGUAUCCUCCCCAGAUCCUCUUCAUAGGCCCGAUAACCCCAGAGCCUCGCUACGUUCCGCGACGACCGCUCAGAACCUCAGGGGUAUCGGCGGAGGUCAUCGGAAGUUGCUGGACGGGGCGGGUGGCAAGCUGGCUACGGUCGCCACCAGCCCAGCGGACUCUGAGGAGUCCUCUUUAGGGGUACCGGAAGUCGUUCCACCGAGCUCCCAACACCGAAACAGCAUAACCCCACCAAAUCCUUCUGGCGGUUCUGGGCUGAGCGAAACAGGAUCUUUGGACCGAGCAAAGGCCGCUUUGGAACGAAGGAGAAAGGCUGAGGAUGGGACGGGAAAUUCAAUUUUGUGCAGGGUCGAGGUGACCAGGCCGAAUCCGGAUUCUCUGAUUGAUGAGUUGCUGAAAGCAACGAAUUUAGAGCAAACGGAUCUCGAAAGUUCCGAGACGACUGGAUUGCAGUUGUUCAUCGCGAAAGACGGAACAACAGCACUCGGUAGCCACGAGGUGAAAAGUCAGAUGCCCGCUGGAGUGUUCAAGCAGGUGGUUAUGGAGGAGAAUAAUAGGUAACACGAAGCUAUCGGGACGAGAAGGCAGUACGCAAGGCAGGCCAGUGCCGCCACGUUUUCAUUGGCUCUGGUGCCAGAACUCGUCUACGAGGCCUACGAGCCACGGUAGUUGAACGAGACUAGAAAAAGAAAGGGAGCAUACCGUUGAUAAAAUAAAGGUGAACGACGAAACGAAACGAAACGAAACGAAACGAAACGAAACAAAACGAAACAAAACGCGGAAAACUUCUCAACCAUCUUAUUCAAAAUUGUUGAAAAUUAUUCCAGAUUUAUUCAAAAUUAUUCAAAAUUAUUCAAAAUUAUCCAAAAUUAUCGUUUUGAGCAUCCGUCUUUCCGACGUUCAUUCCUUCUUAAACCCUCAACCAAAUUGUUGAUCGAAAUCUUGUUAUCACAUUUACUAAUCCUGAAACAUAACAGAUUUCUUGAUGUCAACAUGGAAACGAAUGUUAACAUUGAAAAUUGAUUACUCUCAUUGGAAUUCAAAUGUAUGGCAGACACGUUUUUUUUUUUUUUUUCUUUAUUUUUCAUCGGUUGUUUGUAGAACAAGACUCUAGGUUUGAACGUGUCCUGAAAAGACUGAAAAUUAAAACAUUGAUCAUUGCGUUAAGUAAAGGAUGAUUGAAUUUAUUUUCAGAUAUUCCUGAGGAUCUAUGAUAACAGCUAGCGAUGGGCUACAAAUCAAUUCGAUUCCAUUGUUACAUAUAGAGUAUAGAGUAAGAGUAAUCGAUACGAUUGUAAUUCUUGUUUCAAUAAGAAACAUUUGAUUGAAAAAAGGAAUGAAGUGAAAUAAAAUGAAAAUGGUAAUAAGUUGUAAUAGGUUGAAAUACGAUGAAAUUAUACAUAAGAUAUUGUUGAUUCGAAUUUGAAUUCCGAAUACGAUUAUGUUUGUGUUCCUUUUGGUUCAAGAAUCAAUUCUGAUUGAAUACUUUCAAGACUGAACAGGUAAAAAUUCAGGAAUUUACAAAAAUGCCCAUCGCUAGUGAUCGUUUCAAAACAACUUUUCUUUUCUUUUCUUUUCUUUUCUUUUCUUUUCUUUCUUUCUUUCUUUCUUUCUUUCUUUCUUUCUUUCUUUUCGUUUCGAUCCUCGGAGAACGAUCAAGAUAAACGAGUGUGUUUCUAGCAAGGAAUCGCUUCGCGUGUUACAUACAUAACCGGAUUUCCUUUCGUCGUGUCUUAUUAUUAUUAUCGUUUUAAGGUACAAUGUUCAUUAACACGUUGACUGACGCGGUGAAAAAACAGUAUAUAAUAGCAGCACAGUAGUUGUUAACAGGGAAAGAAGCAAUUAUCUCAUCGUUCAAGUAAUGAAACCUAAUUAUUUAUAAAGAUUAUUGCCUCUGAUGGUAUUAAUAAUAUUUAUAUUGACAAAAAUAUUAAAUCAGAUAUUAAAGUUUUUAUAUGUAUAUUAGAAAGUAAUACGUUUCGAAAUAUUGAGUAUCAAAUUGAAAUUUUCCUCUUCUAACACAAGCAGAAUGAAAUGGUUCAAUUAAGGUAAGGUUCAAAUCGUAAGGUAGUGAAUUAAAUUUGUUGUUGGUGGUCACACCUUCAUAGUAGUCAGCGUGUUAAUAGAAUCAUUAUUAUAAUUCGGUUCUUCUGUCCGCUCCCGAAUUAAGCGGAUAUCGUCGAUGUUUUCGUCGGUGUUUCGAUGACGUAUUUAUUUUUAUUCUCAGAUUCACUCCAUUUUAUAGUAUUCCGUGUAUAUAUUAUAUAUACACAUACACAUAUAUUGUACACAUAUCAUAUACAUGAUGUCUCGGGAAUUUCUGGUUACCCUGUGGCAAUAUAUUCUACGAGAGUAGGAUGCUUUGAAACUGUUAUUAACGUUAAUGUUUUCAUCUCUGUAAAUAUUUUUGAUCUUUCGUAGAAUAUAGUGGCACACCGCGUGGCCAAUAUAUUCUGGUACAUCUUUGUAUAUCGAUCGCGAUCACAAGUUUCGUGAUAAUUUCUAUUUUUAUCCAUUUAUCCAGUUUUCGUUCGGAAGAAGAGCAAAGGAUCGAAACCGUUGUUCGAAUGAUAAUCCGUUUCACUUAUUGUUAAACACUUGGAGACGGUGUAACCAAGAUCCAUCAACAAGUGCCACAAUAUUUCAUUUAAUUCUCGAGGCUGAUCUCGCAUCUGUGUACCUACUCUCCUUUUACAAUAUCCCAUUGAAUCUAAACAACAGAGAGAAAGAUAGGAAUAAAAAUUCGUCUUUGAUUAUUCAGUUUCUGGUGCAAUCAGGCGACUGCAGUAGUGAUUCAUUGUUGCGUGUGUAUAUAUGUAUAUGUAUAUGUAUAUGUAUAUAGUAUAGGUGUGAGUGGUAAUUUUCGUGAGAACGACGAUUACUUUCAACGGCGCAAUAAUGAAUCAGUAAAGAAAAAGAGGAUAAUGCGUUAGGUCACGAAGCAUGUAUAUUGGGGAAUAAUUUUCGCGUGUACGGCUGCGUGCAGAGAUGCUUUACUUUGGUAAGGAGAAAAUUUAUCUUACUCAAGUUUCUCGCCUAUUUAGAACCUCGUGAAAGAGGCUAGUCAAACUAAAAGGUUGGUGAUCAUUUUCCCCUUGUCAAGAAAAGUCGUUAUCGCUUGCGACUGUACACUGAAAAAAAUUAUUACUAUUAUCACGAUUUUUUUAUCUCAGACGUAUAUCUGUUUGUAUAAACUAGAAUUAAUUUGCUAACAGAAGUGCAUUUGUUAGAAAUAAUUUUAACAUUCCUCGUGGCCUUACUCUUGAUCCUUAGGUCCUCGAUUCCACGUAGAUUAACGAAAACAGAAAAACCAAAAAAAUUGAAAGAAAGAUAAGAAAAGUGUGAAACUAGUGAUCGUGUGUACAAAUAUAUUCGCUUUUGUUCCAAGAAAGUGCUAUGUAACUUUACCUUUACGAUUCCACGAGCCUUCCAGAUCUGGGAGUUUGAAUGACUGAUUCUUGUUUAAUUCUUUUCGAAGAGAUUUCCAACUAUCUUGGAUUAAGCAAUUACUUGAUGAAUUUUAAGCAUGAGAGAAAAGAAAUCUGUCAUUGGCCUAGAAAUUUUUGAUCGACACAGCUUGACGUUGAAUCGAUUUCUAUCAGGUAAUUGGAUCAGACGAUUCUUUUCCUUCAGGAAAGAUAAUUAAGAUACCCGUUUAAAUGGCGACUUUUUUUUAAUUAGUUAUUCUUAUCCUGUUACAGUUUUACAAAUUGUUUGGAGAGGAACAAGUUGAUAGGUGAAAAGUUUGAAACUAUUGAUCUUUCCCUAAAUUCUCUUUGUACAUAAUUAGAUUUCAUUUGCACUGUACUUGUCAGAUGCUCAGGUUCGUCGAGGCAAUUUGAAAAUUCAAACAACGUUAUUUAAAUGCAAAUUUCUAGAAUUUCUAGAAUAGAUAUCUGGAAUAUCUUUGAAGAUUACGGUGGCACUGAAAGUUUUAAUAAGGAAUUCACUGUUGAAUAGUCUCGAACAGUAUUAGUGGUAAGAAACAAGUUACGCAACACCAGUAAAAUGUCGCCGUUUAAACAUCACCGGAUGGAAUUUGCAACCGAGAGGUUGGAACUCCUUCGUUACUCUCCGUUCGCCCUCCUUUACCACCCGUUUCUUCUUUUUCUAUCUAUUUUUCGUGUUACGUAUACAGUAUUUUUCUACUCUUGUCCGACUUUCAUACAAUUAUUGCAUCCAGCAUCGAGCAUCGAGCAUCGAGCAUCGAGCAUCGAGCAGCUCGCACACGAAUUUCUCCAUUCUUACUCUAAUUUUCAUUUUCUUCUUCUUCUUCUUCUUCUUCUUCUUCUUAGAUUUACAGAAGCUGUCGAUCAGCCUGCAUCUUAUUUGAUAUCUUUUCAAUGUUACCAAAUGAAAACAUUUGAAACCGUUAGCCUAGAAAAGAAAAACGAGAUUGUUCAAUAAAUGAGCAUUUAGAAAAUGAUAACGUUAACCCUUUGACUGCGAACAGUAUAUGUCUAUUAACCUUAGAAAGAUGGAACUUAUUAUCCUACCUAGUAUCUUCACUUGUUCGGUAUUCGACGUUAAAAUAAUAAUAGGAUUUCAAUAUUUUUUCGUUGCUGCUGCUCGACAAACUUCCUUCAAUCUUCCUAGGGUUAACAUGUACUUAUUACUUACUAAAACAGUGAACGUUUUUAUAUAGAUUAUAGAAAAAUUGUUAUUAUUCUCAAGAUAUUAUCAAUUUUUUGGUUCACUUGGUUACAGUGGAUAAAAGGAAAAAAGGAAAAAAGAAAUACAUUUGAGUUUUUUAUAAUAAACUUACACCGACAUCGUCGAGUUCACAGGAUUAACGCAUGUUGUAAGUCAAAGGGUUAAUUUAUUCGGUGAACCGAUGUCGCUCACCUCGAUCAGAAGCUUCGUUGAACCUUUGGUGCGUCGUGUCUGUUUCGCUUUCUCGUGCAACGACGCGUUUCGUUGGCCAAGGUGCACGUGUAUAGCGUACGUUUCUGUGCCGAGGUCUAACCGAGUCGUGAGAGAGAAAUACAGAGAUGGAAUAGAACAGAAUAGCCUCGAGAUAUUGACUGAUUUUGCUUGUCGUCAAUUUUUAUGUCCUAUACCGAGUGUGUUGUUUAGGUCCUUUGCAAAAUUGAAACAAAUUUGUGUCCAAGAUGAUAUUUUUCAUUAAGUCGAUUCGGAUUUUGUAAUUUCACGUGUUCGUUAUGAAUUUCUAAAACAUUUUAAAUAACUUUUGACAGAUUUUGGAAUAGCCAGUCUUCAAGGUGAGACGUUCGAACCUUGCGCGUGAUCGAUUCUUUUUUUUCCAUGGUUAUUCCGAUUUCACAUAUAUAUAUAUAUUCGAUUCGUUAAGACUGAGGACAGAGUUAAGAUGAAACAGUGUUGAAAUUUUCCUCUUCUUUCUUUGUAUAAAUUAUCGUCCGCGUAGAUACGAUACAAAUGUUACAAUAUACAUACGUGUACGCACGGCUGAAAGAAAUAAACGUAUGAUUUGUUGAGAAAUCUUGAAAAUUAAGCCCAUUUCUAUGAUAUUCUGUUUCUUAUUGUUAGACACAAUAAGCCUUAUGCGAUGAGUGUAAUAGGUGUUCUCUCUGCACGGCUCUACCGCAUGGUCCUCGACCCUAACCGGUAGAUAUUAACAUGUUGUGAUAUUUUACAAUAAUGUAACGAUUUGUCUAACGAAUGAUUCUUACUUUAUUUAUAACGGCGUGUAAGAUGA